AUGCGAUCAUCGGCUCUUCCUAUACUUCUGAUGGCUAUUUGUGGUGCCUUAGCUCACCGUCCCACCACCACAACAGAGUUACGCAGUUACAUAUGUGAAGCGAACAACUGCCGGCUGGAAUUCGAAGGAAGUCGUGACGAAUGGGUCGCCAUCAACGAUAAUGGCUGCUAUCUGGUACGCGAGAAAAUCCUGUGUUCAUCCCAUUCCUUGACGAAAACACACUUGCGCCGAUUCUCAUAG